AUGGAAAAGGUCAAAACAAAAAAGUUAUGUUUUAAAGACAAAGAUAAAAAACCCAAGAAGCGAGAGAACAAAGAAGAUAAAGCUGAAGAAACAAAAGCACAAAUGGAACAAAAGAUGGUGUUACAAAAAAGAAGACUUGAAGAAACAAAGAAAGGAGAAAAAGGUUAUCAAGAAAAGAGAAAAGAAUUGAACGAACGAUUGUCUAAACAGACUGAUAUUAAUGACUUAUUUAGAACAAAUUGCUCAUGGAUUGAAAGGGUUGAACAUUUAUGA